CUAUAAUUCUGUAAAAUCCAUUUGAUAAAUAAUAUGGUCCAAAAACGCAGCAGCAGCUUAUGGAUGUGAUCCUACCUGAUAUAAUGCUAAACACUCCCAUACAGCAGGUGGCAGUAUGUGUAACAUUUACUUCUUCGACCACAGGAAGUGUAUUUGCAGGAAACAGUAAGUUGUUCGGUGUUUGACGACGAAGUAACGAUUGAAGUUGAGUGCCUGGGCGUGAAGCUAGUUGCAACCUUUGUAUUCGGCAAAGGUAAUAAUGGGAUCCUCCAAGAAACGCAAGGAAAAAAGCCGCGACAAAGACGCAGAAGAGCGGAAGGACCGACAUAAGAAACAUCGCCACAAGGACCGAGAAAGAGGGGCUGCAGACCGUGAUGGGACUCGGGAUAAAGAGAAGCGGAAACGCUCCAGGUCUCGGGAGAGAAGUGGACGGGAAAGCCGCAACAAAGGCGAAAGGAGUACCGGGGAGCCACGAGUGAAGAAGGAGAAAGUUGAUCUUGGAUAUGAAGAAAGCAAUACAGAAGUGCAGCCUCAGUCUGCAAGCGGAGAUGCAUCUCUCACCAUUGAGGAAACAAACAAACUCAGAGCCAAGCUGGGUCUGAAGCCUCUGGAAUUAAAUGAGAACAAGAAGGAGCUUGGCACUAAAGAAGAACCCAUGGUGGCUGAGACCAUCAACCCCGUUCUCAUCAAGAAGCAGAAAGAUAUGAGAGAAAAGCUUGCAGCUAUGAAAGAGAAACGCAUCCAGAAUAAGAAACUGGGAAAGGUCAAGACCCUAGCAGAGGAGGACUGGCUGGAUGAUGCAGCUGCUUGGGUUGAGAAAAGCAGACUGAUGGCAAAAGAAAAAGAAAUGGCAGAGAAAAGAGCCAAACUUCUGGAAGAGAUGGAUGAGGAGUUUGGUGUGAGCAGUCUGAUAGAGGAGGAGUUUGCACAAAGAAAGAAGGAAGCCUACACAUCUCAGGAUCUUAAGGGACUCAAAGUGCAGCACAAGGUGGAUUCCUUCAACGAGGGCCAAACUGUCAUCCUGACCCUACAAGACAAAGGUGUGCUUGAAGAGGAGGAAGAUGUGCUUGUAAACGUGGGACUGGUGGACAAGGAAAAAGCAGAAAAGAAUGUGGAGUUAAAAAAGAAAAAGCCAGAUUAUAAACCCUAUGAAGAAGAGAGGAGUGUGGAUGACAUGGUGACGUUUAAAGCCCACUCUGUACUGUCAAAGUAUGAUGAGGAAAUUGAGGGUGAGAAGAAAAAGAGUUUCCGUUUAAAGACGGGGGGCUUUGCUGAUGGGGAGCGAGAGCGGGAGAUUCAGGCCAUGAGAGAGGCUCUACGAAACCAGGCCCAGUCAUUGGACAUCCCUGCUCUUACUAUCGCCUCAGAGUAUUACACACUCCAGGAAAUGGUGGGCUUUAAAAAGACUAAACGGCGUGUGAGGAAGAUCAGGAAGAAGGAGAAGCAGCCAGCCGUUGAUGAGCUUCUCGUUGAUGACACUCGCAGCACUGAUUUUGGCUCUAGGACACGCGGCCGAGGCCGCAGACAGGUUGAGGAAGAGGGUGAGGAAGCAAAGGAGGAGGAGCAGGAGAUCAAAUUGCCACACGCUAUCCCCCAAAUGUCAGAUGACGUUAGGAUGGCAGAAAUGGACAUAAGUGACGAUGAAGACUUUACACCUCCUGAACCAUCUGCAAUUGAGGAGGAUGAGGCAGAGCAGGAGCUACAGAAACAACUGGAGAAGCAAAGGAAGCUGAAGCAGAAGCAGCUUCUCAAGGACUCUGGGGAGAAGGUGGCAGAGCAGAUUAAAGAGCUUAUUGAAGGCAACAAUGACAAUGAUCCCGAGAAGAAGAACAACAUUGUUUUCAACGCCACCUCAGAGUUUUGCAGAACUCUGGGUGAUAUUCCAACAUAUGGGCUGUCAGGCAACAGAGAGGACCAAGAAGACAUUAUGGACUUUGAAGAGGAAGCAGAGAAAGAUGAUGCUGGAGGUUCAGACUCAGAAAUGGAUGAGAAUGUUGGAUGGAGCACAGUUAACUUGGAUGAAGAGCAGAAACAGCCAGAUUUCUCCACAGCCUCUGCCACCAUUUUGGAUGAAGAACCCAUUGUCAAAUCCGGUCUUGCCGCUGCCUUGCUGUUGUGCAAAAACAAAGGUCUACUGGACACUGAAAUGCAGAAGGUAGCCCGUGUCAGGGCAACAAAAGGUGCCUUGCCUAAUGACAACUACUGCAUUGAGGACAAGAUGGGCUUUGAUGACAAGUACAGCCGCAGAGAAGAAUACAGAGGCUUCACUCAAGAUUUCAAGGAUAAGGAUGGCUAUAAGCCUGACGUCAAGAUUGAGUAUGUGGAUGAAUCUGGGCGGAGACUCACUCCAAAAGAGGCUUUCAGGCAGCUUUCACAUCGAUUCCAUGGUAAAGGGUCUGGAAAGAUGAAGACUGAGAGAAGGAUGAAAAAGUUGGAGGAAGAGGCACUGCUGAAGAAGAUGAGCAGCAGCGAUACUCCUCUAGGGACGGUGGCUUUGCUUCAAGAGAAGCAGAAAUCUCAGAAAACACCAUAUAUUGUGCUUAGUGGGAGUGGGAAGAGUAUGAAUGCAAACAACAUCACUAAAUAAGUUGGGUGGGGGGGGGGGAGUUAAUUAUCUUGAACACAUACACUGACACAUGCAUAGAUAUUCACAUACACACAGGAUGUUUUAAGUAAAGUAAAUGCUCCAAUUUCAUGCCUACUUCAUACAAGCUUUGUUGUAGUAAAUAAUUGUCCAAUAAAGUUAAUACAAAUGACA